UGUGAUGGGCAGUGGAAAGAAGGGGGAAAGGUUCCCAUGGCGUCGGGGCGGCGCAAGGUCAAGUACCACUGGAGCAGCACUUCGGAAGGGUGGCCCAGCAAACGCAGCUGCCUUCGGGAGCCCAAUGAUGUGGCCCCCUCCAGCCGGUCAGCUCGCCGCUCGAGUUCCGGAAGGGCCUGCAGCCCCAAGCGCCUGAAAUCUGCGGAGGAGGAAGAUGUAAUCCGCAAGCAGAGGUUGCCCUGGGGCUCCUCCUGCCAAGGAAAUUCCUCUGGCCCCUCCCUUUCCUCUGGCCCAGGUGUGGGCGGGGCCCUCUCCAAAGGCUGCCUGAUUCGGAGCACCACGGGGUUUCUUUCUGCUGUGGGAUCCCCGGUGCGUUCUGCCAGUUCCUCUCCAGAAGAAAUGGCUUCUCUAGAGGAGGAAACCUGCGGCCUUAAGGUUGAUUCUAAGAAUAGUUCCCGUAACUUCACAAACUCUGAAUUUGCAGCUGAAGCUGAGGAUCGAAAUGAUAGGCCUGAGGAACCACACAAGGUCCAGAAAAGGAGGAGGGAGAGACUUCGAGACCAAGGCUCUACAAUGAUCUACCUGAAGGCCAUCCAGGGCAUCCUAGGGAAAUCAGUGCCAAAAAGGAAGGACGAGACUACCACCCGGGCAAAACCCAGCACAGGCGAACGUCAUCCCCACGAAAAGGGGCCAGCCAGGAGUACCACCAUCUCUGCUGCUCACAAGGAGGAUGAGUUAGCCCCUGGGGUCGGAGCAGGGGAGACCACCACUGUGGUGGAGAGGGGCAGCUUCUGUGAGAGGAGAGUGAUCCUCGACACUCAGGGGAAGCCCCAGGAGGAGCCACUUGGGGACCGAAGGACAAUUAUUGAUAAAAACUCUCCUACACUCGAAUUUUUAGAUGAAUGCAACUCCCAUUCAGAAACUCAGAAGCAGAGAGAAAGGGAGGUGGUGCUGGAGCACCCUUCUUCAGGAAGCGACUGGUCGGAUGUGGAUGAGAUCUCCACAGUCAGAUUCUCUCAGGAGGAUUCGGUCUCACUGAAACUCUCGGUGAUUCCUGAGCCUGUGACCUUUGCCAGUGACUUCGUCAUGUACCCACCUCAUCUAUACAGUAGUCCUUGGUGUGACUACGCCAGCUAUUGGACCAAUAGUCCCAAGCCUUCCAGCUAUCCGUCCAUGGGUGGCAGCAGCAAUGACACGUCCCAGGGUGGGAAGAGCAGCCGGAGCCUCUUAAGCGAUUACUCUUCCAAUUCUACACUGAACUCCCAAAACACCUCCAGAGACCUGGAGGUGACUGAUGAAGGCAGAUCCCAGAAUUCACGUUCAUUUUGUUUCUUCAGAAGUUUGGAAGAUGAAGAGGUGAAGGAGAAAAGAACAUUCCAGGAGGAGACGCCACCACGUCCUUGUGUAGGACAUGCUUCCAGCUCCCUGCCCCGGAGCCACAGGGAGCAGAGUCUUGAGGAGGGCUUCAUUGACACCCACUGCCACCUGGAUAUGCUCUACUCCAAGUUGUCUUUCAGAGGGACCUUUACCAAGUUCAGAAAGAUUUAUAGCAGCUCCUUCCCAAAGGAGUUUCAGGGCUGCAUCUCUGACUUCUGUGACCCCCGGACCCUCACAGAUUGCCUGUGGGAGGAGUUGCUGAAAGAGGAUCUGGUUUGGGGGGCCUUUGGCUGUCAUCCUCAUUUUGCACGUUACUACAGUGAGAGUCAAGAAAGAAAUCUUUUGCAAGCCUUAAGGCACCCCAAGGCUGUGGCAUUUGGGGAAAUGGGCUUGGAUUAUUCUUACAAGUGCACCACGCCUGUCCCUGAACAGCACAAGGUGUUUGAGAGGCAGCUGCAGCUGGCCGUGUCUCUAAAGAAGCCUUUGGUGAUCCACUGCCGAGAAGCUGAUGAAGAUCUGUUGGACAUCAUGAAAAAAUUUGUGCCCUCUGACUACAAGAUCCAUAGGCAUUGCUUCACUGGCAGCUACCCAGUCAUCGAGCCCCUGCUGAAGCACUUUCCCAACAUGUCCGUGGGCUUCACUGCAGUCCUGACGUACUCUUCCGCCUGGGAGGCCCGGGAGGCUCUGAGGCAGAUCCCACUGGAGAGAAUCAUUGUUGAAACAGACGCUCCCUACUUCCUCCCUCGCCAGGUUCCCAAAAGCCUUUGCCAGUAUGCCCAUCCAGGCCUGGCCUUGCACACGGUUCGAGAGAUUGCCAGAGUCAAAGACCAGCCGCUCUCGCACACCUUGGCCAUCUUGCGUGAGAACACCACCCGCCUCUACAAUCUUUAA